CAAGGAACUUCGAUUUAAUAUUGUCCAAGCUGUUGCAUAGUAUGGACGUUGUCGUAAAAUGUGCAAAGAGUUUAUACAACAAACGAUACGCCGUCAGUAUAUUAGGACAUUGCGAUUUUAUCAAAUGAUCAGUGGCUUUUGCUAGCGAUUUUUCGUCUAGCCAACUUUGAGGUUCAUUUUGUCGAAUUUUGGAAAAAUGUGGUGUCUCAUCAGCCAGGCCAAUUCGGUCGUUUUUGAAGUACGGGUUGACCCCAAAGCCAUCGGCCAGGAAUGUCUCGAAAAGGUGUGCGAAUUCGUGAAUGUGCGAUACGAGUCUGAUUACUUCGGAUUGAAGUACGAAAACCACAAGGGAGAAGAAUCCUGGUUAAAUUUACGAAACCCCAUUGAUCGGCAAGUGACUUUUCACGGUCACACGUCCUAUCUCCGCUUAUCACUGCGAGUGAAAUUCUGGGUUCCUCCUCACAUUCUGCAACAAGAGAGUACUCGUCACCAGUUUUAUCUCAAUGCGAGGCUUCAUUUGUUGGAAAAACGCUUAACAGCCCCGGAUUGGGCGAGCAUUUCAAGACUGAUCGCUUUUAUAGCACAAGCGGAGUGUGGCGAUUUCAACGAACUUGAUCCGCCUAGAAAUAUUUACAAUUUAGCUACAACGAUAGCUCCUCUGAAUCAGUCGGAAAAAUCCGGAGAUUUGCUACAAAGGAUCGUCCACGAGCACAAAAAAUGCAAAGGGAUGAAGAGCUCUUCGGCAGAGUAUUGGUUUUUGAAGGAAGUGUCGGAGUUUGAGAAUUUCGGAGAGGAGACUUUUACGGUGAAAAAUCACCAGAACAAUAACACGGUGUACGGGAUUGGCCCUCACGGAAUCACAAUUUACAAAAAAGACGAAGAGAAGGAGUUGAUUUCGUUUACUAACAUAACGAGUGCUUCCUCGCAUAAGCGCACUUUUAAACUAGAAUAUUUGACCAUCGAUAACGAAGUGGCUAUUCUAAAUAUUAAACUAGAUUCUAGUCAUUUGGCUAGUAGCUUAUAUCGAGCUAUUACAGAAAAACACGCUUUCUACAGCUGCGAAACGGUUCGCAGCGCCGUAACGGCUCAAUUUAUUCGAGAUCUGAAAGGGACCAUUGUUUCAAUUUUCAACGAGGACUCGACUUUAGGCAAAAAGUACGUUUUCGAUAUUCGAAGGACCUGCAGAGAGGUAUAUGAUAAUGCAAGAAGAGCUUUGUAUUUGGAAAACACUACUCAGGAAAUAACUCGCUCGAAUCUCGACCACAACGGCAACGCGGAAGAGUGCAAGAAUUCCCAAGAAAAAUUGUCGAGAUUUUUGGACGCUAUGACUUGUAAGAUCUGCAUGGACAGUCAAAUCGAUGCGAUUUUCCUUCCUUGUGGGCACGGGGUGGCUUGCACGGCCUGCGCUUCGCGGUGCGACCGGUGCCCUCUGUGUCGCUCCGAUAUCGCGCAAGCACAGAAGGUGUUUUUGCCUAUCGAAUUGCAACACCUGCUGGUGGCCCAGACGAAUUAAGGCGAGGUGAAAGACUGCAUUUUUACUUUAAUGAGAUCUCGAAUAGUUUAGUUUGGAGUUUUUGUGGAAGUGAACAGAGUACACAAGUGACAAUCGUAUAAUUUUUUGAUCUUUUCUUGUGAUGUUUUGUUAACCAAAAUCUCAUAUUGAGGUUAUAUUGUACAUUUCUAAGUAUCUAUCUACAUACUAUUUUUACUAUGUAAAGUACGAAGGACCUAAAGUGUUGUAUUUUAUUAACUAUUGACAAUAGUCAGAAAAUGCAAAACCUAUCGAAAAUGUAAAUGACAUGAAAUAUUAAUAGUCAUAUUAUCAAUGCAAAAUGUAAAUUAGGUUUAGUUUCGAUACUUGUUAAUAUAAUAAAAAUGUUAUAAUGCUAGUAUUAUAAUGAGAAAAUGUGUGAUAAGAAAUUUUUGUUUUGUGAUAAUUGCAUUCAUUUGGAAAUUAUAAGUUUACGUUUACCUACUAUCAAAUUUUAUUAAUCGAUGUUAAAAGUACCUAAGUGUAGACGUGUAUAUGUCACAUAUUUACAAGUAUUUUGUUAUUAGUAUUAUAACGAGUAUCUGUUAAAUUUUUUGCUAUUCACGUUUACGUCAACAUGAAAUUACAAUAUA